AUGAGACCAACCUGUAUAAAUGGGCCAGGUGAGCAGGAGGAGACGGGAGGAGGAGGAGGAGGAGGAGGAAGAGGUCCAGCCGCGGGUGGAGAGGUCCUGAGUGGGGAGGAGGAGUUGAGUGAGGAGGAGAAGAUCAGAAGGAGAGCAGAGAGACGCAGGGCUAAGAGGAAGAGACAGAAAGAACGAAAGAAACUGGAGAAGGAGGAGAAGAGCGGGGAUGCUGAGCAGGAGGAGGGAGGAGCAGCGUCAGAUUCUGAGAGUGAAAGUGAGGAGGAGAAGAGGGAGGGAGAGAGGGUAGGAACUCCUGCCAAGACCACGCCCCCUCUCACUGUGUCUGGGAACAAGAGCAACCACCAGCCCCCUGUCAGGACCCCAGAGGAGGAGCCGGAGUGGGAUGUCUGCAGUGCGUUUGUGGCCAACGCUGCCAGUCACAUCAGACACAAAGCCAGGACCAGAGCAGGCCACGCCUCUAGAGAGAACAAGGAGAACGAGGCUGGAACCUGCGAGGUGGAGAGCUCAGACCAUCUGAAGAGGAAGGGAGCCUCACUAACAGAGAAGGGUAUUCAGCUGUUUAAGCAGGGCCAGUACUCUCAGGCUGUGGACAUGUUCUCUGAGGCUAUCCACUGUGACCCCAAAGACCACAGGUUCUUUGGGAAUCGUUCGUACUGCUACUGGUGUCUGGAGUUCUACCCCUCUGCACUAUCAGAUGCUCAGAAGUCCAUCCAGCUCGCACCUGACUGGCCAAAGGGAUACUUCCGCAAGGGGAGUGCACUGAUGGGGCUGAAGCGGUAUGGUGAGGCAGAGAGGGCCAUGCAGCAGGUGUUGAAGCUGGAUCAGGACUGUGAGGAGGCCUCUACUGAGCUCUUCAACUGCAAGGUCCUGCAGCUCAUGGAUCUGGGUUUUGAGGAGGGGCAGAGUGUGUUGCUGCUGGAGAAGUUUACCACGGUGCAGGCUGCUCUCGGCCCCCCUGAGGCUGCCAGAGUGGUGGACCUCUCCUCCCCCCAGGACUCUACUGGGUCCCCCUGUCCCUCUCUCUGGGUGGGGAACGUCACCGUGGACCUCACUGAGAAACACAUAUGGGACCUCUUCAAAACGUGUGGGGAGAUAGAGAGUAUCAGAGUUCUACAUGAGAGAUUCUGUGCCUUUGUCAACUUCAAGAAUGCCAACAUGGCCGCUCGCGCCUUGGAGAGGCUCCAGGGGGUGGAGCUGGAGAGCACCAGGCUGGUGAUCAGGUACCCAGACCACUGGAUGCAGAGAACCCCUCCCUCUCCUCAGAGGACCAACCCUAUAGGCCUCAACACCUCCUCAGCCUCCCAGUACGUCUCCACAGGGCCCAGGAGGAUGGCUCCCAUCAAUGGUGAUGAGUGUUUCUUCUGGAGGACCACCGGCUGUCUCUAUGGUGACAAGUGUCACUUCAAACACAAGCCUGACCAGAAAGGACGAGACAGGAAACCAUGGCAACCCUGACAACCCUGAUCACCACGCAGCGACUGGAUUUGAGAGAGGGAGGAGAAUGAUGAAGAUUGAAGAAGAGGAUGAGGGGCCGUGUCCCUACUUUAAAAGGGAACAGGGGGAUUGGGGGGGUGAUCACAGACAGUACACUGGACAUAUAGUAUGAGUUUGUGAAUUGUCAAUCAAAGUGAUUGAGGAGUGCACCUCUGAUUUACUUACCCCUCUCCCUCUGCCUCGCUGCGAAACAUGGAAAUGACAUCAUCAUUAGAACCUUGAAGGGAUCUUUGCUGAAGACACUAAGGGGGCUGACAUCUGUUGUUAUCAUGUGAUUUACUGUGUGUGUAUGUAUGGUCAUGUGACUGGACAUGUGACCUGAAUGUGUGACCCCUUGUGAUGUCACUGUGAGACACACUGCCAGCCUGAUGCCAUAGGGUGCCUAGUAAUUGCCCCUACAGGGGAUAAAUAAAUAACACUUUUUAAUUGAAUAUGGGGCAUGUUCCAAGCAUGACUAAACAGCAGUCACUUGCCUGCUCUCACAACACCUGGAUAGGUGUUUGUUUAAGAUAUCAGCUAACCCAAUCAUGAUAUAGCAAUCUGAUGCCCGACUGCACAGUAAAUGAUCUGGCACGCAACCAUUAGUCAGCCUGGAACGCCACCAGGGUCCAUGGGGUGUUCUAACAUCCACACUAGAGCACCUUAAAUGAAACAAGUAGUGUGCUACUGUGGAUAUUGGAACGAGGUCCAUAUCUUCAGUUCAGUGAAUUUAUACAUAUACACUGAGUAUACCAAACAUUAAGAACACCUUCCUAAUAUUGAGUUGCACCGCCCCCUUUUGCCCUCAGA